AUGCGUGAUCAGGAGCUGCACCAAUUGCAGCACACAUUGCCUAAAGGCAUUUGGAUGAGUUUUGAUUUUGAUGAUUUACAUCCGGUAUUUCAUCCUGAACACUCAGACCAGAUUCUAAAGAGCCUCUCUUCUGUCUGGAAUUGGAUUCUGGCAUUGUUGGAUUUGCCAGUGCUAUAUCUGCGAGGUGGAUCAAUUAUUCCUUUGGGUCUUCCGUACCAACAUGUUGGUGAAGCAAAUCUGACAGACGAUUUAUCACUGCUUGUGGCUUUGGAUGAACAUGGUAAAGCUGAAGGUGUUCUCUUUGAAGAUGAUGGUGAUGGAUACGACUAUACUAAAGGUGGAUAUCUUCUGACAACAUAUGCUGCUGAACUCCAGCCUUCAGUUGUUACUUUGAGAGUUUCCAAAGUUGAAGGAACAUGGAAGAGGCCCAAACGUCGCUUACACAUGCAAUUAUUGCUUGGUAAAGGUGCUGUGCUUGAUGCUUGGGGCACUGAUGGAGAGGUUCUGCAAAUCAUGAUGCCUUCAGAAAAUGAAGUGUCAAGUCUGGUAUCUGCAAGUGAGAAGCAGCAAAAGAUUCGUUUGGAAAGUGCCAAGCCAAUUCCAGAUGUGGAAAAUGUUUCUGGACACAAGGGAACAGAACUUUCAAAAGCUCCUAUUGAAAUGAAAAGUGGUGAUUGGGUACUUAAACUGGUACCUUGGGUAGGGGGUAGAAUUAUUUCUAUGGAGCACCUUCCUUCAGGUAAUGCUUUUGAAAGCCUUCGUGCAUCAACUGAGAAAGAUCUUGAUUAUCUGUUUUCCUUCUCUAUCAGGCAUCUGUCAUUUUAG